GUAAUAAAUCCAAAAGAAAAUUGCGAAAGAGACCCGCGACGAAGUGUGAGAUUUUGUCUAUAAAAAGGACAUUCAAGCCCUUCGAGUUUGACUAUGCCGCCCAAACACUUGCCUUCAAGUUCCCUUCUCAACUCUCUCAAGCUUUCUUCCCCUUCUUCUCUGUUCUGCCUGUCCAUUCCAACCUCACCAUUCAACUCACCCCUUCUUGUUCACAUAUACUCUCUGAAAAUGGCGUCACUGUCACCAUCUUCCGUUCCAGUCUUCAUCUUCCUCCUCCUCCUCCUCAAUUUUCUUACUCGCCAUGAAGCCGCCAUGUGCUAUUCCAAUAACAACUCUCUCAUACUUCCUCCCUCUGAGAUUCUCUUCUCCCUCCAGACACUCACUCUCGAUGGCUCCAUCGCCUACUACGGCCACCCUAUUGAACAGCUAGCCGCCAGAGACUUCGGCAACAUCUACCAUUUUCCUCCUCUCGCAGUUCUCAAUCCCAGCACUGUCUCGGACAUUUCACAUGUCAUCAAGUUUGUCUCCGAGAUGGGCUCUGCCUCUGGCUUCAAAAUCGCCGCCAGAGGCCACGGUCAUUCCCUUCAGGGUCAGGCACAAGCUCAUCAAGGCUUGGUCAUAAACAUGGAGUCUCUGCGUGAACCAGAAACAAUGCAAGUGAAGUACACUGGAAGAGACCAAGUAGAGUUGCCGUAUGUGGAAGUUUCAGGGGGAGAGCUGUGGAUAAACAUAUUGAAUCAGACACUGAAACAUGGGUUGGCACCCAAAUCUUGGACUGAUUAUCUUCACCUUACUGUUGGUGGAACUCUGUCCAAUGCCGGAAUAAGCGGCCAAGCUUUCCGCCAUGGACCCCAAAUCAAUAACGUUUUCCAGCUGGAAGUCGUCACAGGAAAAGGAGAGGUGGUGACCUGCUCAGAAACCCAAAAUGCAGACCUAUUUUAUGGUGUCCUGGGAGGGCUUGGUCAGUUUGGCAUAAUCACAAAGGCUAGAAUUUCUCUUGAACCAGCACCAAAGAUGGUGAAGUGGAUUAGAGUGCUGUAUUCAGAUUUCUCAGUGUUUGCCAGGGAUCAAGAGUAUCUGAUAUCAAUUGAAAAUACAUUUGAUUAUAUUGAAGGAUUCGUGAUCAUGAAUAGGACUGGCAUCCUCAAUAGCUGGCGAUCUUCCUUCAGUUUGAAAGACCCACUUAAAGUCAGCCAAGUCGAUUCCCACGGAAGGACCUUGUACUGUCUGGAAAUGGCAAAAUACUUCAACCCCGAAGCAUCCGAAGCCAUGAAUCAGAGCGUUGAGCAUCUUUUGUCAGAACUGAGUUAUAUUCCCUCCACAAUCUUCCUGACAGAAGUUUCUUACGUGGAGUUCCUGGACAGAGUCCAUGUUUCUGAAACGAAGUUGAGAGCAAAAGGAUUGUGGGAUGUUCCCCAUCCUUGGCUGAAUCUUUUCAUUCCAAGGAGCAAAAUUCAUGACUUCAAUCAAGAAGUGUUUGGUAAAAUCCUUACAGAUACAAGCAAUGGUCCCAUUCUCAUUUACCCUGUCAACCAAACAAGGUGGAACAGUAAAACCUCCUUGGUUACACCAGAGGAAGAUGUCUUCUACCUCGUGGCAUUCCUAUCCUCUGCAAUCCCAAAUUCUGUAGGGAAAGACAGCUUGGAAAACAUCAUAAACCAAAACAAACGGAUCCUACAAUUCUGUGCCGAUGCUUGUUUGGGAGUGAAGCAAUAUCUUCCCUAUUACACAACCAAAGAUGAGUGGCAAGCCCACUUUGGGUCUAGAUGGGAAGCGUUCUUCCAAAGAAAGUUAGCGUAUGACCCACUCGCGCUUCUUGCCCCAGGGCACAGAAUCUUUGAAAACGCAAUUUCAACCUCCUGUUAAGAAUGUAAUGUUAUAAAUUUGUUUAUAAUUAAUAUUAAUAUUAUAUGCUUCUCAUAAAUUAAUAAUUAAUCAAACCUUUUUGAAA